AUGGAGGCUAUCGAGGACGAUGAACCAAUAUUUCAACUUGCUGUUGAAUGUGAAAGCUUAUUUACAGAACAUAUCUCAAGGCUAAAUGACGACGACGAGCCAAAUGGCGCAACGAUGCUUUCGGAGCUAAACCAGCGAUUCGCGGCUUGGGCGGCCUUUCUAGGUGUCUUUGCGGAAUCGAAAAUGUCUUUCGAUCACAGGCUUCGGCACCAUGCCGAAAUUCAAGAUCAGGUGCUCCGUCUACUGGACGUCAUGCAGAGAAACUUGACCUACUUAUUUAACCCAGAUCACUCUCCAGAACCCUUGGAAGGCCAGUCAUCCGAUGUGCACCAAGACCUCCGCGUUAGUAUUUCCAGCCUGCAAGCAAUCUCUGGAGCCAUCGAACGACUCAACCAUCUCGAAAUAGCCAUCCGACGGUCAUCAGUGACGGGUCAAACAACAAAGACCAGAAAGUUCGCAGAAACAUUUGACUUCACCUCAUUCGAGCAGGUCGCAUAUAUAUCCCUCAGAUCACUCUAUACCGACGCCAACGAGGGCCUCCUCGAACAGCUCACUCGGUGCAUGACGGAAACAUACGCCCGGUUCCUUCUUCGCAAAUCUCGCCAGGAACGACUUCAAGUCCCACGAGCACAACCCCAAUCAUCCAAAGAAAGUUUGACCUGCGACUGGUGCUUUACGCCCCUCCCAGUUGAUUCAUUGGGAGCAAUCAAAUGGCGACACCAUAUGGAUGAAGACCAUGAGCCUUACGUUUGCAUAUCAGAGAAGUGCUCCGAAUCAUGGCCAAGAUUUGCGACCUCGACACAAUGGUUCCAGCACAUGCUUACAACUCACGGUCAAAGCUGGCACCGGGAAGUACACGUACCGUCGUCAUGGGUUUGCCCCUUGUGUACGGAGGGAGAUGCUAGUUUUUCCAAGCCGAUCGACCUUACCGCACACCUUCGCAAUUUUCAUGAAGGCACUUUUACGGAGUCACAAAUUCAGGCCAUUGUGCGGCAGAGUCGGUUUCGGUUCCCUCGUUCGCAAGAUAUGUGCCCUCUCUGUUGUCUUUUCAUAACGGACCAGCAUGCUCCUUUCUCCAAGGAAACAGACAAUGGCAAUAGAGAGUCAUCUUCCAAGAAGCCGCACACGGCAAAACUGCGAGGUAGCCACGAGCACAACAAGCCAGAGACCGGCUGUGCACAGUCGGAUCAGAACAGUAGAGACGGUCUUGAAACGACAACAAAGCAUCAAAAACCAAGAACUACAGUUGACCCAUGCUCGAGAAACCCCGUCAGCGUGGAAGUGAUUGCCAGCCAUAUAGCUGCACAUCUCCAGGGUGUCAUGCUUCUUACGCUGCGUUUGAUAUCUAUAGAUGUCGUAAUGGACGGUUCAGGAGAUGAUCAGAGCGCGUCAGGUGCAACCAACCAUCGGUCGUCGUGGGUCGGCUCGGGUAAGAGAUACGCCGAUCAGGAAAUUAGCAAUAUGGAGGACUCUUCACUACAAGGAGAUGGUGACAUUGAAAUUGACGAUAUCCCUCCUCCGGAAGACAUAGUUCCGGAUUCUGAGUACAUUGAUUGGCACGGUGUCCCCCGCUAUUUUGAAGCUUCCCUAGACAACCUCCUUCUAGAGGCAGUUACGUCAGGGACUGAUGACACAUACGACAACUUUUGCAAAGAUAUAUACAUGCAGAUAUACAUGAGGCUAGAGAGGAGAGAUAACAUGAAACUUCGCUUUUUGCCCAGGGGAAGCGCCCAGAAGACACUACAUCGCGGCAAUAUGCUGCGCUUCUUCCGGAGCAUUAUCUUGCCUAAGCACACAGCGAUGGACCAGUUCCAACUUGCUGAAGAAGAUUUUGUCAAAAGGAUAGAUGAAAGGGAGCUGUAUGAAUUUCUUGCCAUUCUGAUAUUUGCAAGUUGCAAUAUCAAGGCAGCCCGCACUUUUACCACUAAGCUCGUGGCUAAGGAUGUAUGGCCAGUGCUAGGCAGAAGUGGAAGGGCAAUUUCUUCCCUGCCAGCUGGCCGUGAAGAGCUUAUGGAAUUAUUUAGCGAUAAAGUCUCCACGGACCAGUUCAUCACGAAGCAGGCGUGCCUCUACCCCGUGGUGAUUCGCAGAGGGGAGGAAGUUCAGAUCCAAACCACCGAAGAGCAGCAUCUACCUUAUUUGGAGGAGCAGUUGCUUGAACGUGGGGCCAUAUGCGGUUUAUACAAAGUCAGGAUUGCCAAGGGCCACUUCUAUGAUGCUAAAACCAGAUCAGCAAACCUCGAGGCCGUGGAAGUGGUGCGCAAAGAUCACAUCAUCGACCGUAGGUUUCCCGCAAAAAGGUGCCACCAGCUCAUGGAGAUCCUCGCGUUCUCUGGUCGACGCUGCAACAACAUUAUCCAAGUCUAUGGCAGCCUUAGGGUCAACUCAACGUGCAGUCUAUUCAUGCCCCUCGCCAUCUGUGACCUCUGGACCUACAUGAUGGAGCCCACAAGCAGACCCUAUACCACCAUGCAGAAGGCAGAUAUUAUCUCCUCUGCAGUGGGACUUACACAUGGGCUAGACUUUCUCCAUAAUGGGAUGAAAAGCUCUAAUAUGAUCUGUUACCACAUGAACAUCAGGCCCAGAAAUAUCCUAAUCUUCCGAGGGGCACAGAGCGGGAGAACACGUUACAUCUGGAAGCUAAGCGAUUUCUACCUGUCACAUGUAGUGACCCCACAUCUUGGGAAGGGCGGCAAGGCUGGGGAAGGCUCCAACUGGUCCGACGAUGGCGAGCUAGUUCUUAAUCGUCAAGUAGAAGGAUCCUACUUGGGGCCUGAAUCACUCUCUUUGACUCCAAGCAUGACGGCAAAGAGUGAUGUCUGGUCCCUGGGGUGUGUCAUCAGCAUUGUCUUUGCAUAUCUAGAGGGUGGUGGUGAAGGGGUGACUCAAUACGGAGAGACAAGGUCACGGCACCAUGCUUCAGAUGGCUACAGUCGUUUUUUUGUUCGUGGCAAAGGACUUACGCCUUUUGAAAUUAAUCCAGAGGUCACAUCAUGGCACACGAAUCUCAUUGAUAAAGCACAUCAACGAGAUCCCCGUGAAGGAGAAGGGGCGGAGUUUAUGUUGAGGUAUCUUGAGAAUAGGGUAUUUGAGCCUACUCAGGCCAAACGGGAUGGCGCCUUGGGAGUGGGGGAUCACCUGUAUGCAACUUUCAGAAGGUAUUCUAUCUCGACCGAAAGCCCUGCCAGGUCAUUUCGGCCAGAUCCGCGAUCAAGGGCGACGGGUAGUCUACGAUAG